AUGGUUUUUGCGAAAAAUAUUUUUUUAGGCCUGUGGCCAACCUUAUGACAAGUCUUAUGUAUUUUUAAGUAGCUUAGUCUUUUUAUGUAGUUGUUUCGGAUUUUUAGAACAAAAAGGUACAGCAAAUUGUACUGAAAAUUUAUUCUGUUUCAAUUUGACGGUCAUUUAAUUGACGCGAACGUUUUGUCGUUGACAUCUGAUUCCAGAGGAUGAUCAAAGACGAUUAAACUUUCGAUGUUUUGAACACGAAAGACUAUCGUUUUUUGUUUUUUAAAUGCUACUUAACUCCAUAUUGUCGAAGUGUGUUGUCAUUUUUGCAGCUCUAAAUGAUAAACGUUAAAAAUUAAAAAAAAAAAAAUGAAUAGACCGGAAUCGCUGUUUACAAAAUAUCUUCGCAUCUUCAUUGUUGUUUGUAGUUAUUGGUUUGUGUCAAUAUCUCUUGUAUUCAUCAACAAAUAUCUUUUAAGUAGUAAAGAAUUUCAGAUUGAUGCUCCUUUGUUUAUUACUUGCUUCCAAUGCAUAGUCACUGUUGUUCUUUGUGUGAUCUUGAGGGCUUUCACCAGAACAUUGCCAACAUUAUUUUCUUUUCCGGUUAUAACUCUCAGUGCUGAUAUUUUAAAACAUGUGUUACCUUUGUCUGUCAUUUUUGUUGCAAUGAUAACCUUUAACAAUUUAUGCCUUAAACAUGUUGGAGUUCCUUUUUAUUAUAUUGGCAGAUCACUGACAACUGUUUUCAAUGUUGUUCUUACAUUUACUCUCUUACAUCAGAAGGUAUCAUUUCAAGCUAUUUUAUGCUGUGCAGUUAUAAUAUUUGGUUUUGGCUUGGGUGUAAAUCAGGAAGGAGUUACUGGUUCUCUGUCAUUCCUUGGUGUUAUUUAUGGAGUAUUAGCUAGCUUCUUUGUUUCUCUAUACUCAAUCUAUAUGAAGAAAAUUUUGCCAGCUGUGGAAGGAAAUAUAUGGAGACUAACAUAUUACAACAAUAUUAAUGCUACUUUUCUUUUUCUUCCAUUAAUGUUUAUUUUUGGAGAGUUCAAAACAGUGCUUGAUUUCCAGUUGAUAGAUAAUUUAUACUUUUGGAUUUUGAUGGUGAUUGGCGGAGCUUUUGGAUUUGCGAUUUCCUAUGUUACUGGUCUUCAAAUAAAGGUCACUUCACCUCUUACUCAUAAUAUAAGUGGAACAGCCAAAGCCUGUGCCCAAACAGUUAUGGCUGUAAUGUGGUUUGAAGAAUCCAAAACUUUCAUGUGGUGGAUUAGUAAUUCUGUUGUCCUUUUUGGAUCAGCAGCUUAUACAAGAGUGCGGCAGUUAGAAAUGGUGACUGAGCACAGAAAACUCAGGCAGCAAAAAGACGUAGAAAAUCCAAAUUCUUAGAGCUACUAAAUUUGCAAUUAUUAAGUGAGAGUACAAAAAGACUAAUAGAAAAAAUAUGAAUGGAUUAAAACGUACAAUAAAACUUAUACUUUGAAAUUUAUACAUAACACCAUAUCAUGGAUAAGUCAGUACGGAUGUAGGAAUAGUGUUUCUUGUAAGUAUUCGUAUUUUAUGAGCACUUGGUGUCUCUAAGAAUAAUAAGAGACAUAUUUGAGCUAUGCAGCUAAUAAAUUUAUCUGCAUAUGAUGGUGUGUGUGUGUAAAGCCUCUCUUUAGAGACCAUCUUAUGUUCCAGCAGAAACUAGUUAUAGAGUGUCUCAUUAGAAACUCUGCUACAAUGAAUAUUGAAUGCUUUCGGUAAAAUUAUGAAUAGAGCAUUGCGAAGUCAUAAAUAUCAACAAUUUUCCAUACAAUAUACAAUGCUAAACUCAUAGUGGUACUGUUAAUAAAUUUUUUGAAGAACAGUGUAUUGAGGAUCAAACUUGGUUUGGGCUCUGUCACAUAAAGCGACUGUAAGUAGAAAAGUCAAAAAGGCUAAAA